AUGUUUUUGUUAUUCUUUUCUGAGAAUCAAUUCAAGAAAAGCGAAUAUGAUGAAUGCAAAGGACCCAAUACAUAUAAAGAUGUUAAUGGUACAUGCACUUGUUUGAAAAAUUUUCCUUUCGGAGAUCCUUAUUCACAGCAAGGAUGCUAUGUUUGCAACGAUCAAUGCCAUGAUAACGCUAAAUGCAUUUUUCCAGGAAAAUGUGAAUGCGUAGAUGGUUUAAUUGGAGAUGGAAAAUCACAUUGUGAUCUUCCAAUACCAAAACUUCUCAGUGUAAGUCCGUCAAAGGUUUCAAAGAUAAAUCCUACAAUAAUUACAGCUGAAUAUGAAAUUUCAUCGAAUUUCACUGCAAUUGCAGGUUACUGCAGAAUAGGAACAUUAAUUUCAAAGGCAGAAAAAGUUUCUAGGCGUGAAUUUAAAUGCAAAGUAAUUCCAUCGGAAACACCAAUUCAACGCGUUUCGAUUUCAUUUGAUAAUAUUUCUUGGACAGAAGAAGCUUUAUACAUUCAAUUUAUAGAAAACUAUGCACCAGAAACAUUCCAGAUUGUCUGGCAAGUCUGGAUUUUUGUAAUAAUAAUAGUUGGCGGAGUAUAUCUUUAUUUCAGAACGAAAAAGGUCGAAGAAAAAGCAGAACAGUUUACAAAAGAAGAGAAAAAGAAAUUCUUAGAGAUUUAA